AUGAUCUCCUCUACUCUUCCACAACGCUCCUCUGCAUGCUUCUUCCGCCCCUUUCGCCCGUGCCGCUCUCAACCCUCCUGCAGCAACAGUCCCUCGCCCGAACCUCGAUCCAGCGUCGAAUCCCGCAAUCGCCUCUUCACAUCCCUCGAACUCGGCGAUCACAUUUUUCGAACCCCACGAUCCAUCACAACUCCUGACGAUCUCGACGACUCCGAACUGAAGCGAUGUUUCGAUAUACUCCACGCUUGUAGCCUUGCGACCGAGUCCAGUGCGACGCUUUCUAAGACGAAGGAUACAAUGGAGGACUUUCUAACGGCCAUCUUCAAGAACUGGACGGGAGACGCGGGUGAACCGGACAGGCCAGCUAUGGACUUUUUAGUUCGCGAGUAUAUCAGCGUUGGAAACAUUUGCAGCCAACCCACCAAUCACCGAACCAGCUCCUCAUGCGCCGAAUCAUCAUCCUGCCGCACCCCAGUCUUCGGAAUCGCCACAUAUCGAAGUCGACCAGCGCAACUCAGCAUCAGUUUCUCCACCACAGAACCAGAGCAAGGCUCAAGCCAAGAUGCGCACGACUUCUUCUGCCCGAUGGAACGCACUGAUGUGAGAUAUGAGGAGGGCGAUUGGAUGACGGAUCUACGACGGAGCAUGAAGAGAACUUGUAUCAACAAGGUACAUCGAUACAAUAAACAUCUUGCGAUCUGGUACGUGGGGUGCUUGGUUGGGGGCUGGGCGAAGGGAAGUAUCUCGAUGGGAAAGGACGUUGAAGUCUUUUCGUUUGUGGCAAAAGAGGCUGUUGAUACGGCGUUUGCUAUGAUGGGGGACGUUUGA